CUAGAUAUUUUUUUUUUCUUUUUUUUUUUUUUUUUUUUGGUACAUGUUCUAGGCUUGACAUUUUCACAUUUAAGAAUGUCAAGCAAGAGGAAUAACAGUGAUGGUGAAUGUUCAAGUUCUGAGGAUGAAAUAUCUAAAGAGGCUUUAAAAGAAGCAACGGAUAUAAAUUUUUUAAAGCCAAUCCUAUUCGCUACUCAAACAAUUACAAAAGAUUCUGAGAAAUCUAAAGAAAAGUUUAAUAAUAUAAAUGCUAAAUCAUUGCGACAAAAUGUACAGGAAGAUGAUUUUUGCAAUUUUGGAGUGUCAACAACAUUUAAAGCUUAUGUUGCCAAAAAAUUAGAUGCUUUGUUGGAAAGAACAGUGAAAUUGGACAAUAAAACGAAUUCAAAAAACAACGUUAUUAAUAAAAAUAAAAAUGAAUUAAAUAAGAAAUAUGGUAUAAAACUUUUGAGCUCUUCGAUAAAUCUAUUAACGGAUGAAGAUUUAGUUGUGGAAUUAAAAAAUCAUAAAAAAAGGAAAAAAACUGUAGAUAAAGUAACGGAUAUAUCGCAAUUUCAAGAAGCAGCUGUAAAUCCAGAAUGGAUAUUAUCUAAAGUAGAAACUACAUUUUGGGCAGAAAGACAUAAAGGAUCAGUAUAUAAAUAUAAAAAAUUAAAAGAUGGUACUUUAAUAGAACAGAAUUAAAUUAAUUUUUUUUUUCAA